ACAUGAGUAUGAUGAAGUACAAGAGGAACGAUGCCCAGCUGCUUAUAAUUAUUUGGAUGUGCGUCUACCCACAUGACAGCACAGAUAAGGCCUUUGAGUUUAGAAAUCACUGAGAGAUCUAAUUGGUUGCUUUGUGAGCAGUAAAGGCUCAGUUUUCAUUUCUUCAUCAGGUUAGACUUGCCAUUUGGAAAAAAGGACAGAUACCUCCAAAAAAUCUGGACUAAGGCUUUUUUUUAACAACUUCAAUACAAUUUAUGGAAUAAUAGAAUAUCUAGGUAGGAUGCUGACAACCCUAGAGGCCGAAGCAUUCUCCAAGAGGUCACUGGGUAGUUCUAAAGCAAAUCAAGUCAGACGAUCAUUGGUUUAGAUCAAAUACUUCUGUUUUAGACAAGAAAACUGAGACUGGGAGAUGGAAAGAGGCUACUACUGACUCACACAAGGUUCCUGCCAAGGACUGUGUCUAGGAAACCUGCGCAGCCAGACCUGAGCUGUUCCUGCUACAGAGUAAGCCUUAGAGAAAUACUUGUCAUGCUCGGUGCUUGCUGGCCUUUCCUGAUGAAUUCAGUCUGCCCAGCUUAGGGUGGGACAGUCUUGGAGCCAUGCAUACAAGAAGACAGCCUGUUACCACUUUGGACCCUGCCACCAGGCAGAAGAACUGCAUAGCUUCAAAGAUGCCUCAGUUGCUGCAAAACAUCCACGGGAUCAUCGAAGCCUUCGGGUGCUAUGCCAGGUCAGAGGGUGGCUGCAAAGUCCUCACACGGCAGGAGCUGAAGAGGCUCCUGGAACAUGAGUUUGCUGAUGUCAUAGUGAAGCCCCAUGAUCCUGCAACUGUGGAUGAAGUCCUGCGCCUGUUGGAUGAAGAUAACACAGGAACUGUAGAGUUCAAGGAAUUCCUGGUCUUGAUGUUUAAAGUUGCUCGGGCCUGCUUUAAGACACUGAAUGAAAGUCCUAAGGGUGCCUGUGUAUCUGACAAGUCUGAAAGCUGCUAUCCUGGAUCUUCAAAAGAGCUGGAACAAGGACAGAGAGGUGGCACUGAAGUGGCAAAAGAUGGAACAACACAGCACUGUGAAGACAGCAGCUGUGGACAGAGAGAUCAGGCUUCUAGAGGACAGGAUAGGGUAGGGACACAUACCCAGAAUCAGGAUAGCUACCCUACACAGAUCAGCAGUCAUGACAGGCAGGAUGAGUCUCAGACAUGGGAGAUGAUAAGCCAGCAAACACAAGUGACAGGACAGGUGGAGCAGACCCCAAAAACAGAAGACAAGAGUUGGACCAGACAGAAGAGAUCAGAGAGGCAACCACAGAUUAGCCAACAGACAGAUGAGAUCACAACUGGAUCUACAACUCAGACCCAAGCAGGCACUUUCUAUGCACAUGGGUCUACCUGUGACCAGAACAGAGAGACUAACAGCCAUAACCAAGACAGAAGCCAGGAAGACCAAGCUUCUACACAACAAUACCAGACACAGGCAGAGUCUCAUACUCAGAUACACACAGAGAUGGUAGAAGAAGGCUGGGGUCAGCAGACAGGAAGUGGCAACAUCCAGACCCAGGGAUAUAUCUACAACCAGAGCAGAGAGACUGUGAUUCAUGGCCAAGACAGAAAUCAGGCAAGCCAGAGUGCUAAAGAACACCACCAGGCACAGGCAGAGUCAUAUACUCAGAUACACACUCAAACAAUGGAACAAGGCAGGAGCCAGCAAGAAGAAUAUAGCAACAUCCCAACUCAUGAGUCCAUAUAUGACCAAAACAGAAGGACUGAGAUCCAUGGGCAAGAAAGCAAUCAGGCAGAACAGGUGGGGACAGGACACUACCAGACACAUGCAAGAUCAUAUACCCAGACUUUGGAGGAUGAUAGGAGCCAGUCUGCACAUCAAGUAGUGGCUCAAGAAAAGGAACAGACGCAGACCCAGUCAUGCAAGGGGCAAAGCUGGACACCGGUAAGCAACUAUGAGACAGGAGAGCCAGUGCUAGGAGGACAGGUCCAGACUGAGACAGACACUGUUAAAGAGAGACAACAAUGGAAUAGCAAUCAGCCAAGCCUGACAGGAGGGCAGAGAGAGAGAGUACCCACAGUGGUUAAAGAGGAGUGGGUCAAUGACAACACAAGGGAAAUAGUGAUCCGAAGCCAGGAUCCAGGUAGCCUGCACUCUGGUGCCCCUUCAGCUCAGGGCCAGGAUACACCACAGAUGGAGAAGAAAGGAAUCACAGCCAAGGGAUUAUAUUCCUACUUGAAGACAGAGCAGCCAUGACUUUUCCUAACUCCCGUACCUCAUACCAAAAGACAGCUGGAGUGAGGUUGGCCUGCCCUUCCCUGCCCUGCUGCCCUGCCCUGCUACCCUGCCCUGCCUUACCAUGGUACUUCACUGGACAGCCAUGAUUAUUCUCAUUUGGUUCCUUUUUCAGUGAUCAUUUCUACAAGGUGAUUUCUUGUCUAAACUCACCUCUCUUACCUGAUGCUCCCAGAAACAGGAAGAUGUGGAGGAGGUCAUCUCAUUCCACUGAAUUUCCCCCAA